UUACAAUGAAUAGUACUUUCAACAGUGUGGCUUCUGCGAUCUUCUUUGCUCUUCUCUUUGUCCUAGUUCAAAGUUACUCUGAGGACGAUAUGGCUCAAGCGGUUGACAAUUGUAUGGCGGCCAACAACAUUACGCAAAUGGAUUAUGUCGAUUUCAUGAACAGUACUAGCUUAGAGGAGGAUGAGGAUAAUAUUGAAAGGAAGUAUAAGUGCUUUUUACAUUGUCUGGCUGAGGAUUUGGAUGUGGUCGACUCCAGCGGAUAUAUAGACAUUGAACUCGUUGAAAACCAUGGCAAACUUAGUGAAAAGGAUCGGGCCGCAUUCGUAGAGUGCAAAAAAGAGAAUGAUCACAUGACAGAUAUGUGUGAAUAUGCAUUUUCAUUUCUGUUUUGUUUACCAGACAAUCUUGAUUUGACCGAAUUUAACAACGAAUCUGAGUGAAAAUCUGAAACAAUUUGUAAUAAAACAACAAACAGCAUUUUUUUGGGAAAUAUAUAUAUAUUGAACUUUA